AUGGCUUCCUCAGGUGACGCUCCCACCUUCCGCCUUCAAAGUCUCUCAGGAGGCCCGACACAUGUAUUCGAGCUCAUAAGCGGCGAGCAGAACUCAAAAUCUGCUGUCUACAAACGCAAAGAUGGAAUGCAGAUUAAGUGGGAUGACGAGUUUGGCUGGUCAGCACGCGAUGAGAACAACAAGCAGCUACUGGCACAAGCCUGGGGUGUUCCUGCAACGAAACAGGGCGAUGCUCCACCAGAAGGCACCUGGGUUACGAGAAAGGCCGAGGCUGCCUACGUCUUCGACAUGAAAGUUGGUGUCAGUGCAGCGGACAAGAAGGCACAAGCUCAGAAAUAUAGAGAAGCCAUCGGCGGAGUUGAGAUGUGA